GGUCAAAACUUUCGCGCCUUAAGGCGCCAAAUGCCCAUUUGUGAGUUGGGUUUGGGCUUUUGAGUUGGGUCAAGUUUUGGGUUUUGGGCUUUUUUGUGCUCUGCAAAAACUCCAAAAUCUGAACGCUGAGAAGAUGAAGAAUACGAAGAAGAAAAGCUUCGAACUUUCGAUUUUGCUUUUGUGUAUUUGAAAUUUAUUUACACAGAGAGAGAGAUGUUGCAGUGCAUAUUUCUUCUAUCGGAUUCUGGUGAGGUGAUGCUGAAGAAACAGCUUACUGGGCAGCGUGUGGACCGUUCGAUAUGCACAUGGUUCUGGGAGCAUACAAUUUCUCAAGGUGAUUCUCCCAAGCUGCAACCGGUAAUUGCUUCGCCAACGCACUAUCUUUUCCAAGUUCUUCGCGAGGGGAUAACAUUUUUAGCUUGUACCCAAGUUGAAAUGCCGCCUUUGAUGGGCAUCGAGUUUCUGUGCAGGGUAGCUGAUGUCCUGACGGAUUAUCUUGGCAGCUUGAAUGAAGACUUGAUUAAAGAUAACUUUGUCAUUGUAUAUGAGGGAUGGGGUCCUGGUGAAAUGUGAGAUAUAUGGUGAAGUUCAAGUAAACUCCCAACUCUCUGGUGUCCCUGAUUUGACUAUUUCAUUUGCAAACCCUGCUAUUCUUGAUGAUGUAAGAUUUCAUCCAUGUGUUCGAUUUCGCCCAUGGGAAGCCCAUCAAGUUCUGUCGUUUGUGCCCCCUGACAGAAAGUUUAAGUUGAUGAGUUACAGGGUUAGAAAGUUGAAGAGCUCUCCAAUCUAUGUAAAGCCCCAGCUAACCUCAGAUGCCGGGACAUGUCGUGUUAGUGUGUUGGUUGGAAUACGAAAUGAUCCUGGAAAGACGAUUGAUUCAAUAACUGUACAAUUUCAACUUCCUCCCUGCGUUUUAUCAGCUCAUCUGAAUUCAAAUUAUGGAACCGUGAACAUUCUUGCUAACAAGACAUGUUCAUGGACGAUAGGGAAGAUUCCUAAGGACAAAGCCCCUGCAAUGUCAGGGACAUUAGUGCUUGAAACAGGAUUAGAGCGCCUUCAUGUUUUUCCGACAUUUCAAGUGGGUUUUAGGAUCAUGGGUGUUGCUCUCUCUGGCUUGCAAAUAGAUAAACUGAAUUUGAAGAAUCUACCAAAACCACCUUAUAAGGGUUUUCGAGCUCUCACUCGAGCAGGGGAAUUUGAAGUCAGGUCAUAAUGCACCGAUAUGAAUCCCUAUUUGUGAAAAUUGCUCCGAAUGCGAUUAAUCGUGUGCUGCAGUUUGUAAUUUGUAAAUUUGUUUUUGUAACAUAGCAUCUCGGUCUUGAGAGUGCCUUCGAUUUAGCUGAAAUGAAUUUGUAACGGUUUUUCUGUUACUGAAGAAAUGAAAAUUAGAGUGUUUUACAGAACUA